AUGAACUGAAACUGAGUAAUAGUAACUCUAGAGACCCGUGGAUUCGAUAUUUAAUACUUGUGCCACUAUACUGCAAUCCCUUUCAUUGGUUACACUUGGCCAUUGUUAGGUGUUGUGUUUUAGCGUGUCAAGUUUUUGGCGCCGUUGCCGGGGACUUUCUAGAUUAUUAGGAAAGGCAGAAGUUUGUUACUUUAGCGUUUUUCUUUUCUUUUCCGCCCUUGCUUUUCACUUGGGUGUUUUUUGUUUUUGUUGGUGCAGAUCUGAAUCAUGGAUCCUCAUGGCUUCUCCAACCAUUGGGGGUAUCCACCACCAUCGGAGUGGUAUUACCCCGAGACUCCCUGGAGCAAUCAAGGAGGAGAAGACUAUGGAUUCGGGUUCCAGUACCAACCCCCUUACUACGGAGAACAAUCAGACCCCUGGGCAUAUCAAGAACAACCUCAUUACCAAGAAGACUUUCUCCCACAACCAAAAGGGCCAUCAGAGCUGGAGUUAGCCAUGGAGGCCUUCACGGGCCACUCUACAGAGCCAUGCUACACUUCACUGGAAGAUCCGAACAAACAAUUAAGGCUUCUCGUGGAGCAGUUUGCUCGAGACACUGAGAGAUCAUGCUCCAAGAUGGAUCUUCAAAUCAAAGCCCUUGCCCCUUCCGAUCCCUCAUUUCUCCAUGAAAUGGAGGAGACUGUUCAGCGCUCCGCGAAGCAAACAGAGUGGGUGGAGCAAGUUUGCUCACAUCUUGCUCAAGAUCACCUUUCUGCUACCACGCUAGAAGAGGUGGAGGAUGACAAAGGCUACGGGGAUGUUGAGGAGCAUACGGAAGUUAUCUCAGAGAACUCCCAUGAUAAUCAUGAUCAGGAAAGUCCUCUGGUUGUAGAUCACACAUUUCCUUAUUUAUGCUCUAACAUGUUGGGCCCGAGCGAGGAGAUGCAAGAUGAUCUCAUUGAAGAAAUUACAUGGCGACUUGCUCUCCAAUCUUUGCUAGAAGAAGAAGAGCAAGAAAGGGUGCAGAAAGAAGUUGUGGAGGAUGACGAAAGAAAAGCAGGAGGAGUUCUUGAUCAUUUCCCAGGGGUGAUACAACAUGAAGAAGAAAGGGGGGUUGAAGAAGCAAUUGGUGUCCAGGCUGAGGACGGAGUUAAGGUGGAAGAGGCCUGCACCGGCCAUGAGUUACAUGUGAUAUCUCCACCAAACUUCGAGGAGCUACUUGGCAAGGACCCAUUUGCAGUGUCUCUUUGCCAGACCAAGGCCACGUCGACAUCGGUCCCCCUUGGUGGAAGCGAUGGUGGCCAAUCGAUGCUGUCAUAUCUGGUUUGGGGCAAUGGGACGAGAGAAGAGAAGAAGAGGUCUCGAGGAUGGAGACUUCAUCUGCAUCAAGUGCACGAGCUUCCAUCACCAGUCAUACCACAUGCUCGUGACUUGCGACUCCACCUCAUUGACGAGAACCUCAACUUUAAGGAGGUUCUGGCAUGGACCGAAACUUAGGAGCCAUCGUCCGGCUCACGACGUGAAAGAAGCGCUUGUUGGGAGGCAACCCAACCAGUCGGUUUGCAUUUCUUUCUCUAUUUCUCAUCGGUUGAGUCAGUUUUGUUAUUUGAUUUUAGAGUCAAUAACUCAACCUUUGUGAG